CAAAAUAUGCGGUACGUCAGCACCCGAGGAGCAGCCGGAAGCCUUGAUUUCGAAGGUGCCCUUUUCUCUGGGUUUGCCGUAGAUGGUGGCCUUCUUAUGCCUGAGACAAUCCCGGCCCUGGACUACCUCACACUUCAAAAAUGGAGCGUCUUCUCCUACCCAGAGCUGGUGAAACAAUUGUGCUCCAUCUUCAUUUCAGCUGAACUUAUUCCAGAAGCAGAUUUGAAUGACCUGAUUGAUAGAGCAUUCAGCAGGUUCAGACACAAAGAUAUUGUUCAUCUGGCAAGACUGAAGAAUGGCUUAAAUGUUUUGGAACUGUGGCACGGUGUGACCUAUGCUUUCAAGGAUCUCUCCUUGUCCUGCACAGGACAGUUUCUACAAUACUUUCUGAAGAAGAGGAAGAAGCACGUCACGAUUCUCGUGGGAACUUCAGGAGACACCGGCAGCUCAGCAAUUGAAAGUAUCAGAGGUGAAAAAAAUAUGGACAUCUUUGUUCUGCUGCCGCAGGGUCUCUGCAGCCAAGUACAAGAACUGCAGAUGACGACAGUCAUUGAAGAGAACGUCCAUGUGUUUCUUGCUGAUGGAAACAGCGAUGAAAUUGAUGAGCCAAUCAAAGAAUUGUUUGCGGAUGAGGAUUUUGCCAGAAGACACAAUCUGAUGAGCCUGAAUUCCAUCAACUGGUCCAGAAUCCUGGUGCAGAUUGCUCAUUACUUCUAUGCCUACUUCCAGUGUGCCCCGUCCAUAGAUGAAGCUCCACCGCCAGUUGUAGAAAUGGUUGUUCCAACUGGGGGAGGAGGGAAUCUCACAGCUGGACUUAUUGCACAAAAGAUGGGACUCCCCAUUGAACUUGUGGCGGGGGUCAACAGCAAUGACAUUGUGCACAGAAGUGCUCGGCACGGUGAUUUCUCAGUCUCCGGGAGCGGGAAGCCGACUCUGGCUUCAGCGAUGGAUAUUCAGGAACCUUACAAUAUGGAGAGGAUCUUUUGGUUACUCUCUGGCUCAGACAGCAAUUUAGUGAAAAGCUUGAUGGAAGAAUUUUAUACUACUAAAAAAGUCAGACUUCCGGACAAGUUGCAAAAGGAGCUUUCUGAUGUGCUGAAAACAGCCUCAUUCUCGGAUGAAAAAAUCCUUCAGACCAUGAAGGACUGUUGGGAAGAGAACCGGUACCUCUUGUGUCCACAUUCAGCUGUGGCUGUUGGCUACCAUUACAAACACCCUAUCCCCCAUCCCAGCAGGCCCCGGUGCUGCUUGGCUCCUGCCUCCCCAGUCAAGUUCAAGGAUGCCGUUCUGAAAGCCCAUCUCCCUCCUGAAGUCUCACCGGAGAUCAGUGCACUGAUGGAGAUGGAGACCAGGUCCAGGACUCUGAGCCGAGGUGAAGACUGGGCAGAAAUACUGCGGCAACAAAUAGAGGCAGUUACCAAACAGAGAUCUCUGAUCUUAAGCUGA